AGCUAGUUAUCUCUCCUGAUAUGUUAAUCAGUUCUCAUGCAUAAAUACCAGCGAGACCAGCUAGAAUAAGUUUUGUGAAAUUGACGUUCCGUACAUUAGUCCUUCGUCGGAGUAAGAGGGCAAGGACGACGAAGGACUAACGCCCGAAACGUCAGUUUAGCAAAGCUUCUUACGGUGAUUCACUUUAUCCAUACGUUCCUACUGCAAUACAAAAAAACCCUAACCGAGAAUACGAUACAUCCUGCAACACCAAGUAAGACCAAUAAUCUAGAUAAGAAAUCAUUGGUUCUCACAGUGUUAUGAGUCACAUCAUAAGACCUUACAAUUUAGCCUACUUGUCACUCUUAUUUAAGAUCGAUUUCUCGGUUUCAGUAUUAAUUUUUAAUGGUAAUGCAUUGGGUUACUCCUCAGCCCAACCACCGACCUGGGUGAUCAGGAACUGUUAUUUUUCCUCUUCCCUGAAACCAUUUUGGCUCUAGAUGAUUAUCACCACUACUCAAAGCUACAUGGUCGCUGCAGCUUAUGCUAACGUGUAAAACACCAGCUACUCAAUAAGGCUUCCAUUCUAGCAAGAUCAGCGUCGAUUCCUGGAGACCGUUGCCUACCAAUGGGUGAAUCAUCAGAUUUGUCUGAUGAUGGAGAUUCUUUAGAUGGGGAGACAUAAUUAGAUGAUGAAUUGGAACCACCUUCUCUACCAUUUGGUGUUGCCUCGGCUGAUUCUGGAAAAAAAUAUGAACAUUUGACCAGUAAAUGUCAGAUUUAGGUGAUUAAGAAGAACAUCCUAAUAGCUAUAAAAGGGGCACUUCCAACAACUUCGACCUUCAGGCCUAAAACUGCUCGCAUUGGAAUAAUUCGUCUGUCAAGACAAGUGGUUGAUUUUGACAAAGUUGGUCAAUCUUCAGCAAGGCAAAAUGCCAAUAGAUUUUAUCUUGAGMAUGGAUUUGGUACAUCGAUAAUGGUGCAGUUCAUAGUUGGUAUCAAAGAUUCAGAGACUGAUGAAUUCUGGAAUUGUCACAUGAAGAAUAAACGACGAAUUCUAAUAAUCAAUAAUGGGACAUAUUCCAUUGAGGUGGAUAUUUCUCCAAAUGGCCUUGUCUGUUUCCCACCAACUGAUCAAAAACAGAAUCAACUUCCCAACUACCAGAGGAAUGWAARGUGUAUWCUUCCUGUGGAAGAAGAUGAGCCGUUAACAUACCAAAUCAAGAUCAAUCUUUAUGAGAAUCACAGUAAUGGAAAAACACUUCUUGAUUGUGAUACGUAUCAUGUUAGUACUCAUGAGAGGAACCAUGAUGUCUUUGAUUAUCAAGAAGGAUGAAAUAUCACUGAAGUUGAAAGACCCCAGCUGAAAAUUAAAAUGACAGGUAUUCUGGCGAAUGAUAUUGGAAAAAAAAUCAUAAUGCACUUCCAAAACUUGGGCGAUAAUGGAAUGUACCAACAGUUUUAUGUGGAGCAAAUAAAACUGCUCCAAGGUCUUAAAUUGCUUGAAGAAAAAUUUGGAGAAGAUUAUUACAAGGACCUUCGACUGUCUGUUGAGUUAGAGGAAAGUAUUAUACUGUUUGGUCAAAACAAGUUGGAUGAAUGCGAAAACACUGCUAUGAGGGUGUUUGAACGUUCAAUGAACUCACCGAACGGCCGCUUUUUAAUGGCUAAGGCCCAUUACAUUAUUUCUGCUGUUUUCAGACAACGGGGAGUCUUUAAAAGGGGUGAAGAACACAUGGAAAUCUCCACCGAGUUACUCGAAGCAGUAGAAGUAUGUGAAGAAACGGCUGUCAAUCAGUACAAUUGGGCGGCAUUAUUAGCUGAGAUGUCAGCCAAGGCUCCUUUAUCGAUUUGCGAGAAGGAGGAAGCUGAAUAUCGAUUUGAAAACACUCAGUUGCAUUGGAGAAACCAGGCACAGAACAACACGAACCGAUGCCCAAUGAGGACACGAACAAGAGAAAUAAAUUACCAUUUGAAAACGUCCAGGCAGAGAUGUCCUGAUAUGAGCCAACAAGUGUCUGAAAAGGCACUAGCCAAAGCAUCUCGAGCCAUCGACUACGUGGAACUUAAUCUCUUGAAUGACUGUUCCAAGAGGCAUCGAGUGACUUUUUUCAUUGCCAAAUCAGAUUACCAUAUACGUAGGACAUCAAUGAAUGGAUCGGUUUACACGGCUGAAGUUAUAAAAGGAGAUGCUAAGACUGCCGCUUUGAUUCUCGAAUCAGCCCUGGCCAUUGCCAUAGAACUGAAUCUUUUCAAAGAGAUUGAAGGGAUCGAAGAUAGAUUGAGGAACAUUAAUCUAUUAAUGGAAACCAACUGGCAGUCUCAAAACCAACCGCAUUCUUCCAGAGCAAUAGUGCCAGUGGAAAGAGAAGAUGAGUCCAUAGACGGUUUGCUGGAAGAGUUGGCCAGGCGGUCGCUUGAACUAACAACGGAUUAACGUGAACCAGAAUGGGGCGGUUUAGCGUUCAAGUGAACCAGAAUGGGGCUCUAGAGGUAAAGUGUUGGCUACCGUGUAGCCUGAGAGUGGAACUAGAUUAUGCGUCCAUAGUCAACCUACUGUUAGGGUUGACAAGGCGGUCACUCGAACUAACAACGGAUUAACGUGAACCAGAAUGGGGCUCUAGAGUUAAAGUGUUGUCUACCUUGUAGCCUGAGAGUGGAACUAGAUUAUGGGCCCAUAGUCGACCUACUGUUAGGGCUGGCCACGCGUUCACUCGAACAAACAACGGAUUAACGUGAAUCACUAUUCUAGCAAGCCGAAGGUAUCUGAAGUCUGCACGCCUCUAGAAGAGCGAUAUCUGGGAACCAAUUGAGAGAGACAAAUAGACUUGAUAGACUUUAUUGACCAGAAAGUAGUCACACGAAUUAGUAAGUAGAUUAGUGUAUUUACUCAAGGGACCGAGAGAAAAACUCUAAGGAACUCCACGUUUUUCUGGUGAACCUCUUUCUUAUUUAAAAAAGGAGAUAUAUUUAAAACGUUUUUAUUUUGUUCUUCUCAUUGAGUUUAUUUACCCAAGGGUCCGAGAUACAAACUCUGAGGAACUCCACGUUUUUUAGAUGAACCUCUUUCUUAUAGAGUGCAUUCAGUCAAACUGUUGUAUAGUUAGAUAAAUGUAUCUAACUUAGAUAACUAUUUAGUUGACGUCACCUAAAAUAGUAAAAGUGCGCCAAAUAACGGUCAUACCUAUCCAUAGAAUGAGUGAAUAGACAUUCAUUUUUAUCAUCGUUUCUUCCCCUAAUCUCAGUAGCUGCAUGUUUACUUGUAGUUUCAAAAUUAUUUGAGGUCAGCUAAAAUAGUAAAUAACUUAUCUAAUUUAGGUGACGUCAACUAUUCAGCUGUUUGACUAAAUACAUUCUGAAAGAGAAGAAAAUUUUAAAAACAUGUUCAUUUUAAUUUUGUUAAAGUAUUUUAGUGUAUUUACAAAGACACUGAACUCUGAGGAACUCAACGUGUUUUUGAUGAACCUAUUUCUUAUAAUCUAAGAGAUGAAAAAUAUUUAAAACUCGUUCAUUUUAAAAAUUUGAUACACAGUAUUCUACUUCUUAUUGAAUUGUACAUAGUUUAUAACGUAUUUACUCAAGGGUCCGAUAGACAAACUCUGAUGAACUCCAUACGUUUUUCUGUAGAGCUUCUUUCUUGAAGUCUAAAAGAUAAAAAAAUAAUAUUUUAAAAAGCAAGUUCUUUACUUUAAAAGUUUAAUAUACAGUAUUGUGCUUCUUAUUGAAUUGUAUAUAGUUUAUUUAAUAGUGUAUUUACUAUGAAAAGUCCGAAAGAAAAUCUGUUUUCCUGAUGUUCCUGAACAAUAGAAAUCCAGGCCUAGCUAAUUAACUUUUUUCCGAACAAUACUUCUUUUGUAAAUAAUCAUUACACCUCUUGUAUAUAAAUAUCACAUUAAUAGGAAUAUGUUUCAUUAAAGUCUGUCUGAUGAGUGCGUAAGCACGAAACUCGUAGUUACAGUGAACAUGUCUCGUCUUUAAUCUAAUCUUUACUAUAUAUCUAUUGCUCUGCAUCCCUACGCAUCGAGCACUGUUUCACCAGUAUAGACCACAUUACAUACUUUGUUAUAUAUAUAUAUAU